UGCCUCCCCAUUGGCUGCGGCCGCUGCACUAUGGGCAGACUCGGUGGGACCCGUUAGUUGGCUCCUUCUUCCCUUGGACCCGAAGAGGCUUCUCAAAGAGGAAAAUGUCCGAGCCGACCGUCGCCGACACCCGCCGGCUCAACUCAAAACCCCAGGACCUCACAGAUGCUUAUGGCCCUCCGAGCAACUUCCUCGAAAUUGACGUGUACGACCCGCAGACGAUUGGAGUAGGCCGGAACCGUUACACUACCUACGAAGUGCGGAUGCGGACGAACCUGCCCAUCUUCAAGCUCAAGGAGUCUUGUGUUCGCAGGAGAUACAGUGACUUUGAGUGGCUGAAAAAUGAGUUGGAGCGAGACAGCAAGAUCGUAGUGCCUCCUCUGCCUGGAAAGGCCCUGAAGAGGCAGCUUCCCUUCCGGGGAGAUGAGGGCAUUUUUGAAGAAUCCUUCAUCGAGGAGAGGCGGGGUGGCCUGGAGCAGUUCAUCAACAGGAUCGCAGGACAUCCCCUGGCCCAGAAUGAGCGCUGUCUCCACAUGUUUCUGCAGGAGGAGAGCAUCGACCGGAACUACAUCCCUGGAAAACCCCGGUGACGUGGAGACGCUGUGCACUCAGCCAGACCCCAGCUGUGGGUUUUAUCGUCCCGUCACGAUAAACCCAGCGCUGCCCUACUCCAUUCCUACAGGUGAUCCAGUAACUGCUGCACACUCUCUCUCUCUGCUGUUCUCCACACACUGCAUUAAUUUCUACAGCUGUAUAUGCACACAAGACACAGAUUCGUGCGGAUUUGGGUAGCAAGGCACUACAGCUGAUGUUUGGCAAGCUGGAGCAUUCUAUUGCAGAGAUGUCGGCUGUCUGUCGUGAUGCUUUUUUAAUUUUAAAACUCUUUGGACCCAAAGAGUUUCAGGACUUGCAUACCUUUGACUCUCCACCAAACACUACACCUUCUGCCCAUCCAGUUGGUGUUCACUUCCUCUUAGGAGCUUACAUUCAUGGAAGGUUUCUCACUAACUCUUCGAUUUUCCAUGUCCCUUACUUUCUUUGGUUUCUCUCUAAAGUCACUGUUUAAAUGCAACUGUGGUUUCAUAUGUAUGUAUCGCUUCACAUGUUUAUUGAAAUGAACCAGAAUGCUCAAACUUUACAUUGUCAUCAAUGAGACUGAUUCCCCCUUUACAGUAUUUAUUUGUGAUCACAGUCCAACAAAGAGUUGUGUGAAUUGCUACACAAUGUCUUAAUUACAUUCUGUCAGGCUGCUCACAAUGGAGGAGCAUGAGGAAUGAAGUCCAUUGUUUGAAGUCACGCUGAUCAUUGUCUCUUAGCCUCAUCAGAUCGAAUUGCUCCAUUACUGGAACUGCCUGGCUGUUACUUUUGUCAUUUUUGUUGCCAUGGUUCCCAAAAACCUAUUAUUCUGUUUUCCUUGUUAAUAAAGUUCAAAUGUGAAGAGAAACGAAGAAGGCACUGUUAAAAAUAUGCCCUGAACAUUCUGUGUUCACUUUCCUGAAUGAUUGCUACAGUAUCAUUUAAGGCCUUUGUAGUUUGUCAAAGUGUAGCACUGUCAUGAAUUUGAGAUGAUAAAAGCACCAAUUACAACAGGCUGUCUUCCUCUGCCAUUCUGUCAAAAGGCAGAAGCUAAAUGCUUGACAUCAACAUGCUUUUACUUUAUGUAUAGUUUCAUUAUUGUUUAGCUACUUUUAUAUAUGCAACUGCUGUUGGAUUCUGUGUGGAUUUUGAUUUUGAGGGCUCAGAUUGGCUGCCCCGAAUGUAAUCACAGGUGACCAUGUUCAUAAUUAAACCACUGUGAAAAAAAGAUCUGUUUUUUUUGCUGUCUAUUAAAAUGCCUUUGGCAUUGAUCAUGUUGAUCUUUGAAUUAUA